GAAAAGAAUGAAAGGUAUAGUGAUCAAGGAAAAGUCCAAAAUGCCACUCUAGAAUCUCUUAACAAACUAACUCUCUAGCUCAAUCCACACCACUCUAGCUAACUCAAUAGAGAAACUCCACUAACUCACUUCCUCUUAUCUCCCCACAUGUUUCUCCAUUCCUUGUUAAUGCAAGAGCCCAAGAACCCACAAACAAGAAAGUCGUGGUAUCGAAGAGCGAUGGAGGUCAUAUUAAUCCUAUGGAAGCCACAAACCAAGUCUCCCAUAAGAUCUUCUACUAACGGAAUCGCACCGAACUGUGAAAAACCGAAGCUGAGGAAGUGCACUUCCCUAAAGGUGGCGUCAUCGUUCACUCGCGUGUGUCUAUGUGCCCCAAUCUCCUCCUACAAUGAGGUUUUCCAUGCCGACGUCCCCCCUCGAAGAAGUUACAGUUAUCCGAGGUCGAAAUCCUUCGUGGCGCCCACAGAGAGAUCAGUCCUGAGUACGAGCACGAGAAGUUCGGUGGAAAACCGGAGAAUCUUUCGCGGGAAAUCGUUGAGGGAUGAUAUACUAAUGAGGAGGUUUGUGGUGGAAGAAGAGGCAAUGAUGCAAUUGAGAAUUAGGAGGAACCAAAUUGAGUUUAUUAGGAAGAGGAAUGUUAUGAGAAGGAAAAAACUUGGUCCUAGUCCUCUUAGCAAAAUGGUAUUGUCCGAAGAAGGCGAAGAAGAUGAUGAUGAUGAAGAAGAAAAGGAAAAAGAAAAAGAAGAGAAAAAGUAGCAACUUCAUUUUGCUUUUCUAUGAGGUAUUAACCUCAAUUUGUAGUGAUUUUUCUCAAUAUUCCUCUAUUUAAUGGACUUGGAAUUGCAUA